AUGGCUGUUUUCCGGCUGUCGUUGCUACUGCAAGUGGGAUUUGUGAUCGGAUCAAACCAUAAAUACGCGGAAUGGUCAGCGCAUGGGGAAGAUGUGAGAGCACGGGAGGCGGUUUACGGCGCUCAGACGCACCGUCGGCAGCUGGCUCAUCUCCGUGCGCCUCAGCCUCCUCCGGGCGAGACGCCGGAGAACCUAGAGGAGCUUCUCCCCAGGGUGGUCACCGCUUUUCUUCACACGGGGGACUCGACCACCUUAAACCACGCCAACUGCUCGCGGAGGUACGAGCUCACCUCUCUGCGGGGAAGGUCAGAAUCAACCCCGCAUCAGUCCAUGAGCAGCGUGUUGGAUACGGUGCUGCACGCCACAAACUUCCUCAACAUGAUUCUGCAAGCCAACAGGUCCAGGGAGCAGAGUCUCCGGCGAGACAUUGAGUGGUACCAUGCCUUAGUCAGGAGUAUUCUGGAGGGAGACGCCAAGAUCCACCGGGCUGUGGUCACUUUUAGCGCGGAUUCGUCUGUGGAGGGGCCCUCGGUGCUUCUCCAGGCCACCAGGUCCGGUGGCGAGAUAGUUCUCCAUGACCUCUCCAGCAUGGCACACCACCAUCUGCACAACCGCACAGCAGACACAGAGUGGUACCACGGUGUCAAAGACAGGAAGAAGCCCAAUUUCCACAAGAGGGUGAUGAGUCAAGAUUUUAAAUCACUGGACAAUUCUCUAAAAAGGGGAGAGAGUUUUAUCCCGGACAAGGCACAUGUCAAAUGGUCUGCGCCCUACCUGGAGUGUGAACAUGGGAAUUUUGUUCCCCGCUGGCUUUUGACCUUAUCGGCUGCUUUCUAUGGCCUGAAGCCCAACCUGGCUCCUGAAUUCAGGGGCGUGGUGAGAGUGGACAUUAAUCUGCAGGAUGUUGAUAUCGACCAGUGCUCCACUGACGGCUGGUUUGCUGGAAGCCAUCGAUGCAACCUGACCACUAUGGAGUGUUUGCCUCACCAUGGUCAUGGAUUUGUCUUGGACAAGUACACAUGCCAGUGCAAGAAAGGAUUCUUCCAUCCCAACAGAGUGGCUGUCAACGGCUUUACACGGAUGGGACGAAAGGGAAAAGCUGCAGAGAGCGGUCCCAAUGCAGACGAGGGGUCUUCCAGCGACUGUCUGCCAUGCCAGCAGGGCUGCGCAUUCUGCAAGGACGACACCCCCUGCGUGGCCCGAGAGGACGGCCCCCUCCGCAUGGCCGUGCUCUCCUUCCAGUGCCUCUGCAUGCUCAUCGUCUUCGUCAGCAUGAUACUCGUCUACCACUUUCGCAGGAACAAGAGUAUCAGAGCAUCAGGUCUAGUCCUACUGGAGGCCAUUCUGUGUGGAACUCUGCUUCUCUACUUUCCGGUUGGGAUUCUCUACUUCCAGCCAAGUGUUUUCCGCUGCAUCCUGCUGCGAUGGGUCCGCCUGCUGGGUUUUGCUACCGUCUACGGGACACUGACUCUUAAGUUGUACAGGGUGUUGAAGGUGUUCCUGUCCCGUACUGCUCAGAGGAUCCCCUACAUGACCAGCUGGCGAGUGUUGCGUCUGCUGGGCAUCAUCCUACUCAUCGUCUGUUGGUUCCUGGUGGCUUGGACAUCUGCUGUCUGUCAGAACCCGGACAGGAAGUUGGCUCUCAUCGACGUGGGCUACACGCCCGAUGGGCUGCAGUUCAGCAUGUGCCUGCUGGAUCGCUGGGACUACAUGAUGGCUGUCGCUGAGUUCCUCUUCCUGCUGUGGGCCGUCUAUCUGUGUUACGCUGUGAGGACGGUUCCCUCUGCAUUCCACGAACCUCGCUACAUGGCCAUCGCUGUUCACAACGAACUUGUCCUGACGGCAAUAUUCUAUGUCAUCAGGUUCACUCUAGCUCCAGAGCUCCAUCCAGACUGGAUGCUGUUACUGUUCUUCACCCACACACACUUAACUGUUACAGUAACACUGGGUCUGCUACUCAUCCCAAAGUUCCUGUUUGCUGGCACCCAGAUGAGAGAUGAUAUAGCCUCCGAGGCGUAUGAGGACGAGCUGGACAUGGGUCGUUCGGGGUCGUAUCUGAACAGUAGCAUAACAUCGGCAUGGAGCGAACACAGUCUUGAUCCUGAAGACAUCCGGACACCAGACGAAAUGGGCCAUCUCAGUUCUAUUAAUGGCUGUGGCGUAAGGUCUUGCGACAGUCAUUGGGAAAAACGUACCAACGAGGAGUUGAAGAAACUCUACUCCCAGCUGGAGAUUUACAAGAGGAAAAAGAUGCUAGCAAACAACCCUCAUCUCCAGAAGAAGCGUAGUUCCAAAAAAGGGUUGGGUCGUUCGCUGAUGAGACGCAUAACUGAGAUUCCGGAAUCGGUGCACCGGCAGUGCAGCCGUGAAGACAAGGAUGCUGGAGAACAUGGGAGCAACCGUAACAGCAUUUGCAUGUUGAAGAAGAACCCUUUUGAUCAGACUCACCCAGGAAAGCCGGCAAAGGAGGAGACGCUUAAGAACAAGGUUUUCUCCCUCAAGAAGUCCCACAGCAGUUACGACCAUGUCCGUGACCAGAGUGAAGACUCCAGCAGCUCAGCAACAGACAAGAUGGAGGUUACUCCGGCUGAAGGCUCUCUCCUGGACACACUUAUGGGCAAGAAGCUGGUCAAGAAGAUGUCCAGUGAGAAUGUAGGGGUCACCAGUGAAUCUACAGAAUCGGUUCCUUUGGUCUGCAAGUCAGCUAGCGCCCAUAACCUCAGCGCAGACAAGAAACCGAUUCAUCCCAGAGCCUCCAUGCUUCAGAAGUCCCUCAGUGUCAUCGCCAGUGCCAAAGAGAAGACUUUGGGCUUGACAGGAAAGACCCAGAGCGCCGAGGACAGCAAUAAGAAGAGUCAGCCAAAGAGCAAAGAGACGAGGGCCAAUGCAGAGCCGGAAAAUGAAUUCCAACCCAAGAUGAUUAUGAGCCAGUCAGUUGAGUGCAAACAGACUGCGUCAUUGGGCAGGAUCAUGAAACAGCCAGUGAGCGGUAGCCAGCCUACAAUCUGUUCUGAUCCAAUCACGGGAAAAGACCUCUAUGAUCUCUCAGAGGUUUGUCCCUGGGAACUGGAGGAUCUCCCAACGCCGUCUGAAAACAAGGUCCAAAAGCAUGUAUCCAUCGCGCCAGAUGAAACCACAACUGUUCACGGAGGUAGCACCAAGGGAGGAAAAUCUCAGCAGCAGAAACAGAAAGCUUCUGAUCAACCUCCAUCGAGUGGCAGUCAUUCAAAGGAAAUUCCAAAGACCACCGCGGUACGAGCAGAGAUAUGUCCAUGGGAAGAUGGAGGUGAAAGUCAAGGUGGUCAAGUGGAAUGCUCAAAUCCACAAACAAACAGUCAGGCAAGCAAACUUGCUCAGACCCAACCGCCUCAUUCAACAGAGAGUUCCAAAACACAUCGGGUAGACGUUUGUCCAUGGGACUUUGAAGAGGCCCAAAAGAAAACUGAGUCAGCUUUUUCUCCAGAUGUAACAACACAAAGAAAAGGCACCUCCCCUGUGGAAGGUAAAAGAAGAAGUACUCUUUUAGAUCCAUCCAAACCAGGAGACUCGCUGCAGCCACUAUCUGCAAAAGGAGAUGUCUGUCCCUGGGACUAUGAAAGCACUGCAGUAUCUCCAAGUUCUGAGAGGACACCCAGUCCCUCUCAAGCAUCCAAAACCAAGGAAUCCCUCAAAAAGAAGGGUACCCCUUCCACAAGAACAGUUGAGAAAGAGAAAUCAAAAGACGCUGAUAUUGAGAAAAGUAGAACAAAAGCUAAGGACAAGAGUAAAUCUUCAGAGAAACAAAUAAGCCAACAAAAAAUGGCUGCGGUAUGCCCAUGGGAUGUGGAGAGUCAUCAGGAUGUUCCGGCGGUAGAAAAAAGGCAGAGUGCAAAUGUAGGGACGGCCAAAGCAAAGCCAGCUGAAGUCUGUCCAUGGGAUUUUGAGGCUUCAUUAGAUCAAAAAGAUACAGACAAAAGUGCUUCUCCCGUGAAACAGAGCAAUCCCACUCCUAAAGGCGGUGUUGUAAGUGCUCAAAAGGCAGACGUUUGUCCCUGGGACUUUGACGAUAGCACAUCAAGCAAGAAGGCAUGACCUUAAUGGACUAUUGAAAUUAUAGUUAUUGAUGUAUACUUUUUUCACUCUGAAAUUGUUCAAUAUAAUCUUUUAUUAUAAGUGCGGUGACUUGGAAGAAAAGUUCAAGAUCAAGUUCCACGAGUUGCCUUCCUUUAUGAGUUUUUUUCCUGUUUUACCUAUUUUGAAAAUAAGUAAAAUGUAAAAAAACAAUAAAGUCAUGACAAGCAUUCCAGAUGAUUACAGGAAGAUCCUGAGGAUAAAUCUUAGACUAAUUAUGCAACUUUUGAUUCAGCCUUUUCACUUCAUUAGCAAUGUUGAAAAUCUGCAUAUAUCAUGUUCUCUAUUCGGUCAACAAUUAUUGGUGGUUGUUUUGUGCAUUCUCAUCAUCACUUAUUGGACUAAGAUAUGACAUGAUCUGUAGGGGGAAAAGAAGUAUGAAAUGAAGGUUGAUGUACAAAACAGCAAAAGUGAAAGCCAAAGAAUAAGGAAACAAUUGCAAAGAGCGUUAUUGGUCUGUCGGCGAUAAAGUUAAAU